AUGGGAAAAAGAACCACGCAAAAAGCAUAUGAAAAAUUCUUGGCAAGAAAAAUCCAUCGGUAUCUGGGAAGUGCCACAUCUGCCGACUUUGCAUCCAUUGUGGUGCAGUUCAAGUUUUUUCAUAGUGGAAAAGAAACCGAAUACAGAAUUGACAGAACCUGGAGCGGCACUCAAAGCCAUAUAGACGAGCAACUGAUCAUAAAAAAAAGAUAUUCCGAUAAAGACGAGUUCAAACCACUUGAUAACGUAGAGGAGUCACAGUGGCAAUCAUUCAUCGAUGACUUGAUUCCAAAGGGCAUAGUCAAGCUUUUCUUCUUUGAUGGUGAAAAGAUAGUGGGAAUUGCAAAAGAAGGCAGGGAAGACCUUGCCAUAAAAGAGUCGUUCAAGUCACUUUUAGGGAUAGAGAUAGUAGAACAACUUCGUGCUGACUUGCAAGUUAAUCUGAUGCGUAAUCUUACCGUAGACAGUAAAUCGCUACAACGGGAUUUUGAUAAAUACAACGCGGAAAAAGACGAGCAUACUGCCCUCACACAGCGACUAGAAGAGCGAUUAGCACAAAACAAAACACGCUGGAUGCAAUACAUAUGGAUGCAGAAGCACUCGAGGCCAAGAUAUCUAGAUAGGAGGCGGAUUUGCAGAUGCAAGAGACGAUGUAAAAACAAGACUGGCAGCGUACUUCCAUUCAGCCUGAUUCCUACAGAACUUGCAAAUCUUGCAGAGCAGAUAAAACGUGACGAGUCAGUUCAGCAGCGCAAAAUCGAGGAAAAAAUAAUACAAGCACAGAUCAAAGACGUGGAUAACCACCUCAAAAAGAUGGAAUUUUGGAAAGAUUUUGAUCUAGAAAAAAAGACACACAAAAAGAUACGACAAAAGAUAUCUUUGCUGCUUGCAAAUAAACAAAGCUCAUCUGCCGAAGAGACCGUGUUUGGAUUUUCCAUCCAACAAGCAUCUAGAAUUUUAGAUAUCAUUCAAAAAACAAACACAAUUGCAUUAAAAGAGUUCAGAGAGGAGACACAAAAAAUUAUUGUAAUAAGUGAUGAUAUUGCCAAGAUGCAGAAACUUGUUACAAGUGCUCCGGACAAUGAUGAAAUAGGCCCGCUUGUAUCAAAACUAGCAGAGAUUAACAAAUCAGAAGGUGAACUCAAGGCAGAGAUGAACCAUAUUGAAGAAAGUAUAUCUAGCAAUGCUUCGAUGCAGCGCCACAUAGAUGUCAAACUACGCAAUAUUGUAUCGCAGAUGUACCGUGAUGAGAAGGCAAAGAUAAAGGUGGAUUUGACACAAAAUGUACAACUAGUCUUAGAGGAAUUUGUUGAAAAAUUAAAGAUAAAAAAGAUACGACUCUUGGAGGAGUAUCUGUUAGAUGCAUUACAUACAUUGUUGCACAAGACUAACUUUAUAGAAAAAGUUGUAGUGAAUCCAGAUACAUUUGAGAUAACAUUAUUUCGUAAAAACAAUGAUCUCCUGCCAAAAGACCUUUUGUCUGAAGGGGAAAAACAGAUGUUUGCAACAUCUGUAUUGUGGGCACUGGCCAAAACCUCUAGCAGGCCGCUGCCAUUUAUGAUAGACACUCCGCUUGCGCGGCUCGAUGAGGGCCACAGAACAAAUAUUGUAGAAAAAUUCCUUCCAUUUGCAUCCCACCAGGUACUGUUAUUUUCCACAGAUAAAGAGAUAGAGUAUGAGCAUUACAAAAAACUGGAGCCGUAUUUGAUGCGCUCUUAUGCAAUGGAGUAUCUGCCUGAGAAAGACCCCUCGCCCCCAAAUCCUGAGGAGUUCGACGAACAGGGCUCUGAGAUUCACCCCUCCGUGUUGUUUGGGGAGUACGAUGACAUAUUCAUGGCACUGAUGAUUCAGAGGUUAAGGAGAGACGGACUUGAUCCUGAGAUCUAUCUUAACAAGAUGCUUCGGGCCCACUUUAAUCGUGGAGUUAUUGCGCUGUCCGCACGAAUUAAUGAUAUCUCUGACUUUGAUGAGAUGAUUGCACAGGAGCGGUAA